AUGGCGACGCGCGCCUUCCUCGGGUACGAGCAGCGGGUGACCCACCCGGCCAACUACCGCUACCUCCUCGGCUUCCUCUCGGGCCACGCCAUCAUCGACCCCGAGAAGACGCUCCUCUCGCUGCGGCGCGUGCUCUCGCUCCUCAAGAAGAUCUCCUUCUCGGGCGGCAAGGUGCUGGUGGUGAGCACGCAGCCCAAGCUGGCGCGGCUGACGCGCGUCAUCGGCGAGCAGAGCGGCCACUUCUACCUCGCGCGCAAGUGGACGCCCGGCCUCCUCUCCAACUGGGAGCUCUCGCGCCGGCAGGUCCGCAAGGCGAUCGAGCUCGACGUGCAGCGCGCGCUCAACUUCAAGGGGAUCGAGCACAUGGCGCGCCCGCCCGACGCCAUCGUGUUGCUCGACUCGACCUCGCUUCACGGCGAACCAGCCGCCGCAAACAUCCCCGUGAUCGGCGUCGUCGACACGGACGGCCCCGCGCGCGACGUGGACUACCCGAUCCCGGCCAACGCGAACUCGGUGCGCUUCUACCACACGCUCGCCAACCUGCUCGUGCGCGCGCUCAAGGAGGGCGAGGCGCUGCGGGCGACGCUGGGAGAGUACACCUCGCCGGCCGAGGGCGAUCUCCCGGCGGCGGCGGGGCACCGGCGGUGA